CUUUCACUUCCAUCAAAACUCCCCCCAAUACACACACUCUCUCUCUCUCUCUCUCUCUUCCUUAACUCUCUGUCUAAAAAAAAUGGAGAAACCCAUGAUUCCGACAUGGAGACCCGAUCCGGUUUACCGGCCACCGGAGACGCCGCUUGAGCCGAUGGAGUUCCUCGCUCGCUCCUGGAGCGUCUCAGCUCUCGAAGUCUCCAAGGCUUUAACACCUUCGAAUCCUCAGAUUCUCCUCUCCAAGACCGAAGAAGAACCCAUUUCCUCCGGCGACGGAGACACGGAGGAGAACGGACUUGUCUCCGGAAAUCCUUUUUCUUUCGCUUCUUCAGAGACUUCUCAAAUGGUCAUGGAUCGUAUCUUGUCUCACUCUCAAGAAGUAUCACCAAGAACAUCUGGUCGGCUUUCACACAGUAGUGGUCCUCUCAAUGGUUCUUUAACCGACAGUCCUCCUGUGUCUCCUCCCGAAUCCGACGACAUUAAGCAAUUUUGUCGAGCAAACAACAAUUCACUAAACAACAUAAACUCUCAAUUCCGAUCAACGGCGACAACUCCGGGACCUAUAACCGCCACAGCGACACAGUCCAAGACGGUGGGACGGUGGCUUAAGGACCGGAGGGAGAAGAAGAAAGAGGAGACUCGAGCUCACAAUGCUCAGAUUCACGCCGCUGUUUCUGUCGCCGGCGUGGCUGCCGCUGUUGCUGCCAUCGCAGCAGCCACCGCCGCGACUUCGAGCUCCGGGAAAGAUGAGCAGAUGGCGAAAACCGAUAUGGCGGUUGCUUCGGCGGCGACACUUGUGGCUGCUCAGUGUGUGGAGGCUGCUGAAGUGAUGGGAGCAGAGAGAGAGCAUUUGGCCUCCGUUGUUAGCUCCGCCGUCAAUGUUCGCUCUGCCGGAGAUAUAAUGACUCUCACCGCCGGAGCAGCGACAGCGUUAAGAGGAGUGGCGACCUUGAAGGCGAGGGCGAUGAAGGAAGUGUGGAACAUUGCAUCUGUGAUUCCAAUGGACAAAGGACUCACUUCUACAGGAGGAUGCAGCAAUGUUAAUGGUAGCAAUGGAAGUUCGAGUAGUAGCCACAGUGGUGAACUUGUACAACAGGAGAAUUUCUUGGGAACUUGUAGCAGAGAAUGGCUCGCUAGAGGUUGCGAGCUUCUCAAACGUACUCGCAAAGGUGAUCUCCACUGGAAAAUAGUUUCUGUCUACAUCAACAAGAUGAAUCAGGUUAUGUUGAAGAUGAAGAGCAAGCAUGUUGGAAAAACCUUCACCAAGAAGAAAAAGAACAUUGUGCUUGAAGUGAUCAAGAAUGUCCCUGCCUGGCCCGGUCGACAUUUGUUAGAAGGAGGAGAUGAUCUGAGAUACUUUGGUUUGAAGACUGUUCUGCGAGGUGAUGUGGAAUUUGAGUGCAAGAGCCAGAGGGAGUAUGAUAUGUGGACACAAGGUGUCUCAAGGCUUCUUGUUGUUGCUGCUGAGAGGAGAUUUAGGAUGUGAAUAGUAAACUAUUUAAAAAUGGCUGGCUUGGUUUUGGUGUGGUUUUUAACUUAUGGGGUUCAAAUCAAAACUUUGAGAAACUUUAGGUUCUUUUAAGGUGAUUGUUUUUUUGGGGGGUGGGUAUAGAAUGUAAUGGACCUACCAAGUACCAGUCAAGGUUUCAACACGAAGGUGGGGAGGGGUUUGGUUUGGGUAAACCAAAGUUAGGGGGUGAUCUGUAAUUUUUAUUUUCUUAGGUUUCUUCUUCUCUUUGUUGGUGGUCUUUUUGUAUAAAAAAACAAAG